AAAGGCCUCAGCUACAUCCACUUUGCAGUUUGAGCCGAAAAACCAAAACAAAAGCAGACAAAAUCACAUUUCCAUUCCAAUUCAAAACUCUCUCUCUCUCUCUCUCUCUACAAAUGAUAAUCGGCAGCGCAGCGUGCGGUGGCGUCCGUACGUGCAGCUUGUCGUCGGUAAAGCUCGGGCGGAGCCGGCGGCUUUUCGCUACCAAGUGCUCUGCUGCGGGCCCUACAAGGAAGAAGGAGAAGGAGAAGGUGGUUGUCAUAUCUGGGCCCACCGGCGCCGGCAAGACUAGACUCGCUUUGGAGCUCGCCAAGCUCCUCAAUGGCGAAAUCAUCAGCGCCGACUCCGUCCAGGUGUAUCGGGGUCUUGAUGUUGGAUCCGCCAAGCCCUCCCCAAGUGAUAGAAAGGUGGUGCCCCAUCAUCUCAUCGACAUACUUCACCCGUCUGAAGAGUAUUCAGUCGGGCAAUUUUUUGAGGAUGCGAGGCAAGCUACAAGAUCUAUUCUUGAUAGUGGCCGUGUUCCCAUUGUUACUGGUGGGACUGGUCUGUACUUGAGAUGGUUCAUAUAUGGAAAACCUGAUGUCCCCAAAGCCUCUUAUGAGGUGGCUGCCGAAGUGUACUCGGAGCUAGCUGAUUUACAGAAAAAUGAAGACUGGGAUGCAGCAGUUCAGUUGGUUGUCAAAGCUGGUGACCCUAAGGCCCAGUUUUUGGCUGCCAAUGAUUGGUACCGGCUUCGGCGCAGCCUUGAGAUCAUUAAGUCUAGUGGAGCACCUCCAUCUGCAUUUCAAGUACCCUACGAUUCUUUCAGGAAACAACAUGAUUCUACAGAAGCAAAUGGCUCCCAUGACAUCAACUCUUCUGUUGAUGUAGUUGGGGAUGUAAAGUCAAAGGACUUGGAAUAUGACUUCUAUUGUUUUUUCCUCUCUAGUCAGAGGCUCGAACUCUAUAAAUCAAUUAGUUAUCGUUGUGAGGACAUGCUGUUAGGAGAUGAUGGCAUUUUGACUGAGGCUAGAUGGCUUCUUGAUAUAGGCCUUCUUCCAAAUUCGAAUUCAGCUACCCGAGCAAUUGGUUAUAGACAAGCUAUGGAGUAUUUACUGAUGUGAGGGAAGAGUUCUCCUGGAGAGUUUUAUUCUUUUUUAUCUGAAUUUCAGAAAGCAUCUAGAAAUUUUGCAAAACGGCAGUUGACUUGGUUUCGUAAUGAGAAAAUAUAUCACUGGCUUGAUGCUUCUAAACCCUUGGAUAAGGUUCUUAACUUUAUUUAUAAUGCAUACCUUGACAAAAGUGAAACUUUGGUAGUACCGGAAUGGCUAAAAAUGAGGAAAGACACAAAUCACCGAGAAGCCUCUUUACUAAAGGCCUAUCGAACUAGAAACAGGCAUUUUGUUAGACGUGAAGAUUGUUCGGAGAUUUUGGAGUGGAUAAGGAAGACACAAUGCGAAACAAUGAGCAAAGUAUAAUCAUUCCCUACAAUUUGGGUAUAAUUUCGGCCUAAAAAUCGGAAACUAUUAUGGAGCAACAUCUGAGUUAUGUUGAAGGUUAGUGGUUGUGGCAGCGGCUUUAUUUUAUGACUCCUUAAGUAUUGGCAUAAAAUCAAGCAGCGGCUGUUAUUUUACUGAAACCUAGUGGAGGGCAGUGUUGCGUCGUAUCAAAUUCGAGUUAAAUUUUCUACAACUCAUAGCAGUGUAUAAUACUACGAUUGACAGUUUCAUUUUUCGACUUGUUCUGCAAGUCGGUAGCCUAGAACAAUCAACUUUACUCUGUUCCUGAGUUUUGUUUUCAUCCUUUUUCCCGCUUGAAAAGAUUGUACCGAAGUUCAAACUCAAACUCAAACUGCAUGUGUAGAAGGCUAAUGGACCUCAUCAUCGAAAUUUUUAGAAGCGUACAAAAUAUCAAUUUAAUGAUGGUUAAUAUGGCU